AUGCAAAAUGAAUUGAUAUGUCAAAAACAUCCACAUAAUUAAAUAACUCUGAUUUGUACAGAAGAUGAUGAGUUUCAUAGUUGUUAAAGGAGACUAUGUUCGGACUGUAUACAUUUACAUGGUGGAGAUGCUAGUAAAUUAAUUCCAAUUUAACAAUUUAAUGAUCAUAUUAAAUUGAAAUAAGAAAAACUUGAACAUUAUUUCUUGGUUAGUAAAAGGAACUUUUUUAAAUAAUAUGAUGAUAUUGAAAAGAAAUUAAAGGAUUAUUUGGAAAAUACUAGAAAUUCCGCAGAAGCAAUAUUUAAUGAAUUAAUACUAGAAAACCUUCAUUUUAAAGAGCUGAUUAGUUCUUGCAGAACAUCAGAUCUCAAUGAGAUUUUUUAAGGAAAAAAAUUUGAUACUUGGAAGUCUUUGAUAAAUUCUAUUGUUGAUAAAUUGAGCACAACUAAUUUAUUAAUAGGGGAUAAUCUACAAUAACUCAUUUCAAAGCAUAAUGAUGAAGUUUCCUAAAUUUUUUGGCAAGAAAAAGUUUAAAUAUACGAUGGUUUUCAAAUGAAAAAGAAUAAAAAAAUAAAAACAAAAUUUUUGGUAAAAUUUAAUAGAAAUCAUGAAAUAAUUUAUAUACAUGAUGGAGAAAUUCUAAAAAAGUAAUAUUUGUUAUCAUUUAGAUUAAAAUUUUAUAAUUUAACAUAUCAGCCAGAAAUAGUGAGUAAUUUAGAAAUAAUUUAGCAUUUCAAUUAUUUUUCUGGUGGUGUGAGAAACAACUACAAUAUUGGAAAGUAAUAUGUUUAUUGGAAAGGAUAAGUUUAAGAAGGUGUUUUUGGGGAGUAUUCGAUGGAAGGAAAAAAAGUAGGACUUUGGAAAAUACCAAUUUAGAAUUUUUGGGAGUAAUAAAAUAAAAUAAUAAAAAUUAGUGAAGCUUUAAUUUUUAUGGUAGGAGAAUAUGUAAAUGAUUAAAGAAAUGGAUAAUGGGAUUAUAUAUUCGAAGAAUAAGACAAUAAUAAUGUUUUAAAAAUAAAAUCCAGAAGAAAUGGAGGAUGGUACAAUCAAUAAGGAUUAAAAGACGGAAAUUGGUUAGAAUUAAGCGAAAUUUCAGAUAAGUAUUUAUUAUUUUGAAUUUUAAAUCAGCCAUGAUAUCAUUUUUUAUGAAGGAAAUUAUUAAAAUGGCAAAAAAUUUGGGGGUUGGAAAAUGAGUUAAGAUAAUGACUAUAAAGGAUCUUUUAAUAAUUAAGGAUAAAAAAUAGGAAAAUGGUAUGAGAUGAAUGAUUUCUCUUUUUUGUAUAAUCUAUAAAUAUCAUGCAUUUAGGGAUAUCAAAAUAAGUUGUUCUGGAAAUUAUGAAAAUGGAGUUAAAAUUGGUAAAUGGUAAAGCUUUUAUUGUAAUGAAAUCAUGUAAUAAAAACAAAUAAUAUAAGUGGGGAAGGAGAAUAUACAAAUGAUGGUUUGAAGUAAGGUGAAUGGAAAGAUUUCUGGGAAGGUUUUUCUCGGUAAUUAAAAUCAAUAUUCUUAAAAGAGAAUGUUAAGUAGUAAUGUAAGGCUAAUAUGAAAACAAUAAAAAAAUAAACGAAUGGACAAUUUUUUAUAAAAGGAAUCCUGACUAAAAAUAUGAGAAAAUGUAAAAUUAAUAUUUUAAUUAUUUUUUUAGUGGUGGAGGUAUUUACGAUUAGAAUGGAAUGAAAACUGGUGAAUGGAUAGAUUUAAGUGAUAAUUUUAAUUGGUAGUUAUUAAUAUUUAUAAUUUCUUUAGUUUUGGUGAAGUUUUUCAUUAGGGAAAAUAUAAAAAUAAUAAGAAAAUUGGAAGAUGGAUAACAAAAUUAGACAGUUUAUCUUUAAAAGAAAUGUAAAUGUAGAAUAAUAGUAAAAAGUGGUGGAGGACAGUAUAUUUAAGACGGAGUAAAGGAUGGGGAAUGGACUGAAGUAAGUGAUGACUACUCUCAGUAUUAAAUAAUAUAUUUCUUCGUUAGGUUUAAUUAAGUAACUUUUAAAGGAGUGUAUAAAAUAGGUUAAAAAAAUGGUUUAUGGAAGAGUUUUCUGGAAGAGAAAGAAAUGUAAUUAUUAUUAUUUAAUUGAUUAUUAAUAUUUAUUAGAGGUUGUGGUUCAUAUAAUCAAAAAGGGUUAAAAAAUGGCUAUUGGAUAGAUUUAUGUAACUAAUUUUAUAUGUAACUGUUUUUUAUAAUAAUGUUUAAUAGUGAUGCACAAAUUAUUUAUUGUGGUGAUUAUCAAAAUGGUAUAAAGAAUGGUAAAUGGAACAUAAUGUAUAAGACAAAGAAUUAAAAUGAGUUUGAAUAGAUGUAUUUGACUUGAUUUCUAAAAAUUAAUUUUAGAGGUGGAGGAGAUUAUUAAAAUGGAUAAAAAGAAGGGGAUUGGACAGAUGUGGAUUCUGAUUUUCGUUGGUAAUUAUUGAUCAAAUACUAAAAUAGCACUUACUAAGUUACUCAUACUGGAAAAUACUCAAAUGGUAGAAAAAAUGGCCAAUUUUAAAAGAAAGAAAGAAAACCCAAUAAGAUGGAUUAAGGAUUUAUUUUAUGUAUAUUAGUUUCUUAACUUUAGGUGACUGA